UUUUGGGCAUUGAGAUAAGCUCUUCUAAUGAGCCAUAAUUUAAUUUUUUAGGGCUCAUAAACGUUUUCCUGAUUUGGAAAUUAGGAAAGGUUAGUAUCCCCGUGAAUCAUCUCCCUCGUCCUCCCCCCUCUCACUCUUCUGUGUAUCACCCCGAAUGCAGAACCUUUCUCUCUGUAAGUAAUUAACCAGUCUCUCUAUCUCUCUCUCUACCGAUAAAUUUUUCAUUCUCCUGGUCUUCCAAUCAAUGGAGGUUAUCUCCAGAUCAAUACUGCUUUCCAGAUUAUCUGAAACCUCUGCAAUUCUGCAACAAAACCCUAAUUCCAGAACUUAUGUGCAUAAAAACCGUCCUUUUAAGUUAUCUGAGAAUCACUGUAUCGAUCUAAGAAGGGUUGAUGGUGCAGAACCCGCUUGCCUGAAAGCUUUAUCAUCUAUCAAUAGUAGCUCGAGGAAAGGAAGUUCAGAUCAUAGUGUUAGUAGGGACAGGCUUAGGGUGAGGGUUUAUCGGUUUAGUCCAAAAGCUUCAUCUGACGAGAAUGGCGCUGCUGAUGGGGAAGGGAUGGUUUUGGAUAACGGUCAUGCUCUUAUGCCUGAAGAAAGUCAUGUUUUUAAUAGUAACUUAAGCUAUGGGGAAAGCGCUGAAAGGGGUGAGGAUGGAAAUCCACUGCCCAUUUUGGGGGGAUCUACUGGAGGCUCUAGGACUGGACUUUUCAGAACUCCAAUUUCAGGUGGUGUGCAAAGUGCAACUUCGGCUCAUGGGUUACCUCGACCUGCUUUAGCUGUGCGGAAUCUAAUGGAGCAGGCCAGAUUUGCUCAUUUAUGUACUAUGAUGUCCCGAAUGCAUCAUCGUCGGAAGGGGUACCCUUUUGGUUCUUUGGUAGAUUUUGCGACCGAUUCAAUGGGCCAUCCGAUCUUUUCAUUUUCUCCCUUGGCCAUCCACACGAGGAAUUUGUUGGCUGAUUCAAGAUGUACACUUGUUGUACAGAUACCUGGGUGGAGUGGACUUUCAAAUGCACGGGUGACUAUUUUUGGUGAUAUUUAUCCACUUCCUGAUGAUAAACAGGAAUGGGCUCACAAGCAUUAUGUCACAAAACAUCAACAAGGGGCAUCACAACAGUGGGGCAAUUUCUAUUAUUACAGAAUGCAACAUAUCAGUGACAUAUACUUUAUCGGUGGUUUUGGCACUGUGGCAUGGGUUGAUGUGAAGGAAUAUGAAAACCUGAAGCCUGAUAAGAUAGCUGUUGAUGGAGGUGAACAAAACCUUAAGGAACUCAAUGCAAUGUUCUCGAAGCCUUUAAAGGAACUCCUCUCAUCAGAAGCGGAAAUAGAUGAUGCUGCUCUCAUCUCCAUUGACAGUAAAGGCACUGAUAUUCGUGUACGCCAGGGUGCACAGUUUAACAUACAGAGGCUAUCAUUUGAAGCUGGACAGGGAAUUGAGACCUUGGAAGAAGCUAAAGCUGCUCUUCAGAAAUUAGUGGACAAGGGUACGCGCCCAAAGUUGCAUAAGAAAACUUAACAUUAAUGUAUUGUGUAAUCUACAACUAUUUUUAACAUCACAACACCCCACUAAAUGAGCUAGUUUUCAUUUCUUAGGAUUAUGACCUUA